CAGUGAUUCCUGUGAGGAGGACGGUUCUGUGGUUUCCUUUCUUUUUCCUCUUCAACAAUGUCUAAGGUGAAUCAUCUGAGAGAGUUUAUCGGUCAGCGACUAACAGCAGCUGCUGUAGAAAUAUUCUCAGUGUUUGAAAAAACCAUGUUGGAGUUUGAAGAAGAGCUCGACCGUCAGCGCAGACUGUUGGACCUCGUCCUGAAACCUGAGAUCAGACUCCACAGAGUCGAACUCCUACAAGAAAAUGUUUGUAAGGUGGAGGAGGACGGGGUUUUCAGUGACCAGCACCUGGAUAGCCUGGAGAGGAGCUGCAGCCCGGACCAGGAGGAACCAGAGAGGAGCUGCAGCCCGGACCAGGAGGAACCAGAGAGGAGCUGCAGCCCGGACCAGGAGGAACCAGAGAGGAGCUGCAGCCCGGACCAGGAGGAACCAGAGAGGAGCUGCAGCCCGGACCAGGAGGAACCAGGGCAUCCACAGACUACAGAACUGGAGGAAGACUCCAGCGGUCAGGAGAUGAAGCACGAGGAAGUAGAGGUGGAUGUCUCAUUGGUCAAUGUCGCUGAUGUGAAAGUUGAAAAUGGUGAACCAGGACCAAACUGUGGCCAGCUGCUGUUGCACACUUCUCCUGAAGCUCAAAACAAAGAUGAGGAAGGGACUGAAAGUUUACGCUCAGACUCACGACACGGUGACCAAGAAGAUGCUGUUGUCCCGUCAGACAGCAACUGUAAAUCAAAGCUGAUCAGGACCCAUACGGGGAAGAAGGCGUUUUCUUGCAGCACUUGCAGGAAAGAGUUCAGUAAAAGUAGUAUUUUAAUGGAUCACAUGAACACCUGUGGCAACGCCUUUAUUAAAUUAUCACAUCUUAAACGCCACAUAACCCGGCACACGGGCGAAAAGCCCUACAUCUGCAAAACAUGUGGAAAAAGUUACACAGAACGUUCCAGUCUGGUGAUUCACUUGAGGACCCACACCGGCGAAAGGCCGUACCUGUGCAACACCUGCGGAAAAACCUUUAUUGACUCAUCAGCUCUUAAACGCCACAUAAUCACGCACACGGGCGAGAAGCCCUACAUCUGCAAAACGUGUGGAAAGAGUUACAGGCAACGUUCUAGCCUGGUGGUUCACUCGAGGGUCCACACUGGUGAAAGGCCGUACCUGUGCAACACCUGCGGCAAAACCUUUACUAGAUUAUCAGAACUUAAAAGCCACAUAAGCACACACACGGGCGAGAAGUAUUUGUGCAAGACGUGCAACAAGGGUUUUAGCCGCAGAAUUGAUUUGCUGAGUCACAUGAAAAAUCACCCGGAGGAAAAGUCUGGUGACUCGUGACAAAUGAAGCUCAUGUUGUCGUCCUCCGGGGGCAGCUGUCCACUCCUGUCUGACCCACAGAAGAAGAACCCGCAGAAGUCCAACCACCACCUGCUGUGGAUGAUGAGCCUGAUCCCCUCCCCACAAGGGUUGCAGGUUCAACCCGGAUUUCUGCUUCUCCGUCAACUUGACGCAGAGGGAACAAUGUGGUCGUGUACUUUUUUUUGAAGCUCUGCAUUGAGUUUGUUUGAAUCCCUGUUCCUUCUUAAAAUCGUUAGUAUUUGUUGCUGUUGGUAACUUGCCGUCUCCACGGUGCAAAUAAAGAGCUGUUAGGAUGUGCUGAAGUUUCUUUAAACGUGACAGUUUAUUUCAUUCAUCUACAAAGCCUCUCUCACACGUCCUUUUUCCCGUCUGUUUCUUCUUCACUCACAUUCUCUUUGUAAGUUAAUCUGCAGCUCCAUGUUGUUAAACUCUCUCCAUCUACUCCGU